AUGUAUCAACUACUAGAGGAAUUAAAAUAUUUUCUUUCUGUUGAAUCUUUAGAUUCACGUAUUAUAGCUGAGCCUAUUAAUCUGGUUGAUCCUGAUGAGAAGGAAUUCACAGCUAGUAAGAGGAAGGAUGCUAAGGGUAAAAAAAAUAAUAAGAAUAAGAGUACAAUCACUGUUGUAAAUAAGCCAUUAUGGAAUACUUUAGAAUUUAAACUUUACUAUGUGGCCUUCGCCAUCGUCGUUCCUUGGAUGUUGAAAGUUGCAAUGGAUGCCAGCAGUGAAUCAAAUCCAAAUUAUCCAGCAUUUGAAGGUUUAUUAUCGAAAGGCUGGAUGUUUGGCAGAAAAGUUGACAAUAGUGAUUCACAGUAUAGGUUUUUUAGAGAUAAUUUAAUGCUAUUGGUUGGUCUAAUGAUUCUUCAUACUUCAGUUAAAAAAGUUAUAUUAAUUGUUCUAAAAAGCACAAAUAAAAUAAAAUUUGAUUGUAUUUUUGGUAUGAUAUUUAUAUUUGCCCUACAUGGAGUUAAUUCAAUACGAUUGAUGAGCCAUGUAUUAGUUGUAUUUAUAUUAUCGCAUUUACUAAGGAAUAAUAGAAAAACUGCAACUAUUGUAAUUUGGAGUUAUGCUAUCUUUAGUUUAUUUUUUAAUUCUAUCUUCUGGAAUUAUCCAUUGGGUCAAAUAUUAGACAUACUAUCUCCUAUUGAUUCUUCAUUUAAGGGAAUUAUUGAAAGAUGGGAUGUGUUCUACAAUUUUACUUUAUUGAGAAUAUUAAGUUAUAAUUUAGAUUACCUACAGAGAUAUUCCGAUUUGAAAGGAAAUAGCGGAAGUAGAAGUUCGUCUAUUGAAGAAACUAACACUUCAAAUGACUCUACAAAAAAAACACAGGCUACUGAAAGAGAAAGAUUAAUAUAUCCUCAUCCAUUAGAAGAAUAUCGUUUUGCAAAUUAUUUUGCUUAUAUCACCUAUGCUCCCUUAUUUAUCGCUGGUCCGAUUAUUACAUUUAAUGAUUAUGUUUAUCAGUCAAAGAAUCAAUCAGCAUGGAUUAAUAAAAAAGCUAUCGUCAGUUAUGCUAUUAAAGUAUUCAUAGCUGUACUAACUAUGGAAACUAUAUUACAUUUCACUUACGUUGUAGCAGUUUCAAAGAGAAAGGCUUGGGGUGGUGAUUCUCCAUUCCAAAUGUCCAUGAUUGGUUUGUUAAACCUAAAUAUUAUUUGGCUGAAAUUAAUGAUUCCAUGGAGAUUAUUUAGACUUUGGGCUAUGAUUGAUGGGAUGGAUACGCCAGAAAAUAUGAUCAGAUGUGUUGACAAUAAUUAUAGUGCCUUAGCAUUUUGGAGAGCAUGGCACAGAAGUUACAACAAAUGGGUUGUUCAUUAUAUCUACAUCCCAUUAGGAGGAUCAAAUAAUAGAAUACUGACAACUUUAACAGUUUUUUCUUUUGUUGCAAUUUGGCAUGAUAUACAAUUGAAGUUGCUACUAUGGGGUUGGUUGAUCGUAUUAUUUUUAUUACCAGAAUUAUUUCUAACUAGAUACUUUUCUAAAUACCAGAGCUCGAGAUGGUACAGACAUAUAUGUGCAGUAGGUGCCGUGAUUAAUAUUUGGAUGAUGAUGAUUGCAAACUUAUUUGGAUUCUGUUUGGGAGCGGACGGUACAAAGUUAUUUCUGAAUGAUAUUUUUGGCUCUUUGUCUGGAUUAGCAUUUUUUAUAACUGCAAGUGGAUGUCUAUUCAUCGCAGUCCAACUAAUGUUUGAACAGAGAGAAGCUGAAAAGAGAGCUGGUAUUUUUGUUAAAUGUUAA